AUGUCUGCAUCUUUAACUCAAAAUCUUCAACAAUGUGUGCAACGAUUGCAAGACAGCACUUCUUUGCUUCAAGUUUCCGUAAAAAACCUAGAAAAUAGUACGCAAAAUUUUUCUCGACUAAAAAAGAUAAUUGCUUGUCAACGGUUAUAUGAAUUAGUUACAGAAACAGAAAUUCGUGAAACUCAAGGAUCAUUAGCUAUUCAGCUUGAACCACGAGUUAAAAAUCUUUUAUUAAAAGCCGAAGAAAUGCUAUUGGAGCUGGAACAACGCGAAAAUAUACUUCAAGAGGAGACCAAUAUGGGCGAGAUUGAAUUAGAUUCAGAAUUAAAAAAGGCACAAUUAAAACAAUUAAAUUUACCAAAUCAAUCGAAUAAAGAAAAUGAUUCGAUAAAGAAAUAUAGUAGACAACAACAAAAUAAUGAAAAUAUGAAAAAAUUGAAGGAAGUUAAAAAAAAAAUGGAGAGAAUGUCUAAAACGAUGGAAGAACUUCAUCUUCAAAAGCAAAGAAUUAUUGCAGAACAAAAACCUUCAGCAAUAAAAUCGCAAAAAUCUUCAAAGUCUAGGAAUGAAGAAAUUUUAGAAAAUUUUGGAGAACAAAUUAAAGAAUUUAUUGGAAAAAAAAAGGAAAUUCAACAAUAUUCAAUAAUGGAAGUCUCCGAAAGUAUGACAGAUGAAGAUUCCAAGUGGAAACAAUUUCAAACACAAUAUGACUUUUUUAAACGAGCAUUACAACAAAUUUCGUCAAUAUCUAAUUUGCCAAGCGAUAUUAUUUCUGAUUUCGAAACGCUAUGCAUUUCUUAUAUAGAGUUUUUGAGUAAUAAUAAGUUUGAGGUUCAAAAAACUAAUGUAGAUCGUUUGAAGCAAAGAAAUGAAAAUAUAAAAAAUUUAAAAAAAUUAUGUAAAUUAUUAUAUCCCACUGAAAAUCUUGGUGGAACAAUCGCGAGAAUUAUAGAAAUUCUAUUGGAUUCGAAUCAAAAAGAAAUAUUUGUUAAAGAAUUUGGAAAUGAAUUUCCUCCUGAACAAGAAAGAAGACAUAAACUCCAAGCUGCGAUAGCUACACUGAAUAAGCUUGACAUAACGGAAACAGUGUUAGAAGAACAUCCAAAUGGAUGUGAUAAUGAUGGUCAAAUGAUUUUAAAAUUUAAAAUCGAUGUAGAUAAUUAA